AUAUUAAUGAGCGCGCACCUUGUCACAUUAUGGGUAGAUAAGCAGAUUGUCAUACUUAUUAAUAGGAACGACACAUUUUGUGGAUCCGUACGCACUUAAUAUUGAUGAUAGUGUCGAGCGAAUGGCUAAAAAAAACGUUCUUAGUUAUUAUAAAUUAGUGUCGGUAAAAUAUAUAAAACAAUUCAAACAAUGUCACAAAAAGUGUUAUACCUCAGAAAACCACCCUGAUACUGACUGGAGUGUAUGUGUGUAUAUAAGUGUUAACUAAUAUUCUCUUCUGUAAUUUUAAGACAUUGUCAUUUUACCAUGGAUCUCUCAGGUGUUGUUGUAUUGUCCGUCCUCGUUUAUUUGACGUCUCUUUCCGUAUUGAACGAGUUGGUCAUAGCAAUAGAACCAUAUCAGUGUUAUGGCACUGUUUGUAAUAGGAAUAAGACGGAAGAGUUCUGCCAAAGUGAUUUCCCCCUUUGCCGCCCAUGCGCUGGUAUAAAAGAUGACUGCGAGACGUCGCAUUUCCCUCAAAAUUGCACCAGAUAUUGUGUUGACCACCUCGUUAAGCAGGCUUUGGAUAAGGAUGCAGGAAAAAACUGCCCUGAAAUACCGGCGCUUCAGAAUGGAACAUACGACACUCGCGGAGCGCAUAAACAUGGAGAUGUGGUUGUUGCGACAUGUGACCCUGGCUUUACCCUCAUCGGGCACAACACUUUGACUUGUGUAAAACACGGUCAAUGGGACAAUACUCUUCCAAUUUGCAAAGAAAAAACCUGCCCUGAAAUCCAGGCGCUUGAGAAUGGAUCAUACGACACUCGCGGACCACAUAAACCUGGAGAUGUGGUUAUUGCGACAUGUGACCCUGGCUUUACCCUCAUCGGGCACAGCACAUUGACUUGCGCAAAACAUGGUCAAUGGGACAAUACUCCACCAACUUGCAAAGAGAAAGACUGCCCUGAAAUACCGUCGCUUGAAAAUGGAACAUACGAUAUUCGCGGACCACAUACACAUGGAGAUGUGGUUGUUGCGACAUGUCACCCUGGUUAUAAACUCCUUGGGCACAGCAAAUUGAUCUGUGGAAAAUACGGUCGAUGGGACAAUAUUCCUCCAACUUGCAAAGAAAAAGACUGCCCCGAAAUACCAGCAGUUGAGAAUGGAACAUUCGACACUCGCGGACCACAUAAACAUGGAGAUAUGGUUGUUGCGACAUGUGACCCUGGCUUUACCCUCAUCGGGCACAGCACUUUGACUUGUGGAAAAUACGGUCAAUGGGACAAUACUCCUCCGACUUGCAAAGCCUUGUCGUGCCCAAGCCCUCCCCAGCUAAUGAACGGACAAUGGGAAUUUGAUCAAGUAGAUGGAAGCCGUAUGGAAUAUUUCCAUGUAAACACUCAUGCCGAGUUUGUAUGCCCCACUGGGUAUCACAUGGCUGGAAAUUCAUCAUGGAUAUGUUCUUCAAAUGGAACGUGGCGCGAAGUUAAAACUGGUAUAAACCACCCGUUUCCUUCUUGUACAGAAACGUCGUCUACUCUUUUGUUCAUAUUGGCAGUGAUUGUUUUGUCUCUCAUCCUCGGGGGUAUCAUCAUAAAACAUAUUGUGGAGUUUGCUCGCCAAAAGUGUCUUAAGCAAAAGACAACAAUCGCGUCUCCUGAUGUUGAAUCUCAGAUUGAAAUACCACUGCUGGGAAUCAAAACUGAACAAGCUCCUGUCGAGAUGGAACUAAAGGAAAUGGUAACAAAACACCCCGUUUCACAGCAGGAUACAGCCGUGCAAACCGAAGGUACAUGGACUGAAAACAACAACCAAGACGGUCAAGGCACUUCAGAACCGAACACAAAUGACUUAACGGACAGUUCGGCAUCUCAAGGAGCGGUAAGCGUCGUUAAUUAUCUCACGGUGAAAAUCGAAACAAGAGAAGAAAAGAAGGACAAAAUGGUCCCGGACGAUACUUCAUCAAAGAAAGUAGCUGAUGUCUGUAGCGAGCCCAUUCAGGAGACUGUUGAUACGUCAUCUAAAGGAAAAUUAAUGCAACUUUCAGACGAAAUAAUUCCUGAAGCUCCUACACUUCAGGUGAUACCUUCUGCACCCUCGAAAUCCGAAGUAUUUGGUUAAAGCCCGGAUAAAAUACAAGUGUAUUACUUAUUACCGGUAGAGGGCUCAAAUACGAACACCUACAAUUUAAAGGAGUUUGUGUCGUAGAUAGUUUAAUGUUCGUAUGAAACAUAUUUUGGUAAUUUGUCUCACUCUGGCAAAGUGUUUAAGACGAUUCAAUUAAUGGACAGUUAACCACCCUUUAAUAAUCACUAUGGAAUACACAAAUCCCGAACACUUUUUAUUUUAGAACAAUACGCCGUUUAAAAUAAUCUAGGGCAAAAUUUUGACAACGGAUGUAGAAACAGAUUAUUAUUUUGAACUAAAAUGAAACAGCUAACGUCAAAAAAUUGGUAAUGACCUUCCAAAAAUCUACCCCUUGGAAAUACACAUGUAUGGACAUGAAACCUCUCUUAAUUUAUCACUAAGCCGACGAGUUGCAUUUUGUUUUUCUAAAGUUAAACGCUGUUUUUCAAAACAAACGAUUCGCAAAUGCAAAGCGUGAUUAAGAUUUGCAUGCGCCCUGUAACGUCAUCCCCUAACGUGAUACAUGUUGACUGGUAGGCGGUUUCGAACAAUAUAUCUAGAUAGGCGCAUAAUCGAUCACGGUAUCUUUUACAUAUAAGAUAAGUCAGCGAUUUGCUCAGAUUAAAUACAAAUGUUCCAAAUACUUCGGUUAUCAAGAAAAACAGCAUUUCUCCAAUAAUAACUUUAGUUAUACUAACGUCAGGACAGUGUUGGUGGUAUUAUAUGUUAUCAGUGUUUUGUACGGUGAUUGGGAUACCAUAUGUGCCAAUCGAUUUUGCAUGUUUUUUGUUUGUUUUGUAAUUUAAUUAGGAACCAUUUGUGCUUGUUGAUUUAUAUGAAUUUCUUUGAUUUAUAACUUUAUUCGUUUAUAUAACUUUGAUUGUUUCCAAAUGCAUUUGUAAAUUGUAUUUGAAUAUUUUGUGCUUGUUGAUUUAUAUGAAUUUCUUUGAUUUAUAACUUUAUUCGUUUAUAUAACUUUGAUUGUUUCCAAAUGCAUUUGUAAAUUGUAUUUGAAUAUUUUGAUUUUUGUGUUUACUUGGAAUGCAUAAUAUAUGAAGAAUAAUGCUCAAUCCUGCUCAAUCCUGAUCUUCACAAGGUUGAACAAACAGUGUGUUCGUAUUGUGACAUUUUGUACCAUAAGAAAACCAAUCGGAUAUUAUUUUAUAAACUUUACUAGGAAACAAUACAAUACAAUACAAUAGUGAUUUAUUUGUAAUGCAUAAGGCCACCGGCCCAAAAUACAAAUAUACAGUGUUCAAAAAGUGAUGUAUAUGAUUUCAUAUAAUAUAAAUGGUAUGCACAAUUUACAGUUGUAUAAAUUAAACAAAUCAAUGGAAAUGAUAUAUAUAUAUAUAUAUAUAUAUAUAUAUAUAUAUAUAUAAUAUGUGAGUUUUAAACAAAAUAUUUUAUAACACAUAUAUCUAAUUAAUACUAUUUAUGUAGACCUCUCGUAAUUCAAAUGAUGAUUUUAAGAACUUAGAUAAUGCAAAAAUAGAAGUGAUACUGUCGUUAGCCAUCAAUUUAACAAAACGGCGUUCACUGCUAACAAU